AUGGCGGAGUCCACAUCAGAGCCCACGAAGGAGCCCGCACCUACGCCGGAGCCUGCCACGGAUUUUACGGAAGAUACUGCAGCAGAACCUGCUCCGGAGCAAAAGUCGGAACUUUCGGCCGAGCCUAUGCCAGAGCCUACGCCAGAGCCCACGCGAGAGCUCACGGCCGAGCCCGUAAUAGAACCCACGUCAGAGCCUCCGUCCGAACUCACGCCAGGGCUCCCAGAGCAGAUUGCGGCCGAGCCCAAGGAGGCCCAGGCAGAACCAUCGGUAGAGCCUAUGGCAGAGCCUGCAGAAGCGCCUACGGAAGAGCCUGCGGUGGGGUCUGUAGAAGCGCUCAUAGAAAAGCCAGCAGAACCCAAGGAGCAACCUCUGGCAGAGCCCAUGUUAGAGCCCACGGAGGCACCUGCGCUGGUGCCUCCGGGAGAGCCUGUUUCUGAGCCUGCGGCAGAACUCAAGGAGACCUUGGCAGAACAACCAGCAGAGCCCACGCUCGAGCCUGCCGCCGAGCCCACGCCAGAGUCCGCUUCAGAGCCAGCGCCGGAGUCUACGGAGGCGUCUGCGGAAGAGCCAGUAGAGCCCAAGGAGCAGCCCGCGUCUGAGCCUGCGGUAGAACCUAAGGAGACUCCGGCAGAACUGCCAACAGUGCCCACCCUAGAGUCUCUGGCAGAGCAUCCGGCCGGGCCCGUGGCAGAGUCUACGGAGGAGUCUACAGAACCCAAGCAGGAACUUCCGGCAGAAUCCACGCCAGAGCCCACGGAGGAGCUCCUAGCAGAGCCUACGCCGGAACCUCUAGCAGAGCCUACGGAGCCUGCGGCAGAGCUUACGGAGGCGCUCGCGGAAGUGUUCGCAGAACCUAAGGAGCUCGCGCCUGAGCCCGCAUCAGAGACUAUGGAAGAAUCUACGGCAGAGCUUUCGGAGCAGCCUGCAACAGAACUUCAGUCUGAGCAUACGGCAGAGCCUCUAGUCGAGCCCGCGGCAGAGCCCACGCAGGAGCCUCCGGCAGAACCCGUGGACACGCUUUCAAAAGAGCCUCCGACUGAACCUGCGGCAGAGUCUACGGAAGAGCCCAUACAAGAGCCGACGGCCGAGCCCGGUACAGAGUCCCCGCCAGAGCCGACGGCAGAACCCAUGCCAGAGCCGACGGAGGAGCCAACGCCAGAGUCCAGGGAGGAGCCGACGGAGGAGCCCGCAUCUGAUCCUACGGCGGAUACCACGGAAGACCUUAUGGUAGAGCCUACGGAGCAGUCCGCGGAGGAACCUCCGUCCGAGCCAUCGGAAGAGUCCGCCGCGGAAUCAAAGGAGGAGCACCCGGCAGAACCUGCGGCAGAACCCGAAGAGGAGCCUCCGUCAGAGCCCACGUCGGAGCCCGCAGAGAGUAGGGAGGAGCUUGUGGCAGAAGCUGCGGAGAAGCCCCCGUCUGACCCUGCGGCAGAGAUCACGGUGGAGCCCGCGGAGGGGCCUGCGUCUGAAUCUGUCAUGGUGCUCGAAAGCCCGGCCGAUGGCCUACCGGAGGGGCAGACAGGCGCUUCCGAGGCUGGCCCAUGGUCGGCGCCCAUGAGUUCCGACGUCACAGCUGCGGAUGUGGCAGCUGCAGAAAGCUCUCAAGCCGUAUCCCCGGAAUCCGCCAGAGAAAUCGCCGCCAGCCCUUCGGUUGCUGACGUGCCCGUGCCCGAGAAGGAGGACUCUACGUACUUGGAGCAGCAAGAAACCCCCGAGUCUGUUCCCGAGGUUCCGGCUUCGGCUACCGAGGAAGCUCAGGGAAACGAAGGCAUGACAUCUCAACCAACUGCGCCUGAUGCCGACUCUGAAGACUCGGCAAGAUUGACAAAAAGCUCGCAAUCCGAGGAGUCGAAACCUGAAGUGGAACUGGCGACUGCAUCUCUCUUUGCAGCAGCGGUCUCGGGAAUCGCUCUCGGCGCGCUCGACGGCAGUCAAAAAGACGAUUCUCCGGAGGCAGAUGCUCCUUGCGAGCCAAGCACCGCGUCUGUGGAAGAAGUCGUAGACAAGCUGGAUCCCGCGGACUGCGAGCUGGAUGCUGGCACUUGCGCCCCCCCUGAUGACGCUGGAACGAGGUCGGGGCUGCCAACGGACCCGGGUUUUUUCGACGCCAAGCCCCUACCAACAAAUCAAGCGAUUCCUUCCCAAGGCGAUUUUGGAGCCGCAACUCCCGGAAUUGAGGUCCCCGAUACGGAGAUGGUUAAGCGCGUUCAAGCGCGAAUACUUCGGCGGAAGAAGAGACAGGCUCUACGACAAGCUGAAGACACAGUGGCCGUUGCCGUGAUUAUAUACGCAACAGCAGAAGCACUUGUUCCUCCCGAGGGCCCGGCUCCAGGUUCGCCCAUUGACAAAGGCAAGGAUGGAUCCAGUGCGCGACACCAGGCGACUUUGGACUCGCAGACUGCUCAGUCUCGGAGAGAUUCUGCCCAGCGCAAUCCGGAGUCUGGAGAUUGUUAUGAGACAAUUGCUAACUUGUCGAUUACAGAUGGCAAAUCCAAGGAUGUGGGAUCGUCAAGCAGUGACAAGGACAAGGAUAGGCAUCGGAGACACCGGCACUCGCAUCACUCGCACCACUCUGGUCGGAGCCGCACUGACGAGGAAGGCAAGGAGAGCAGACGGCGCUCGUCGCACAGCUCGCACAGCUCGCACUCUCGCCGCGAUCGGGAGCACAGUGCAGGCUCGGGCAAAGACAAGGCGUCUUCCGGGAAACCUCGCAGGCACGACAGUGGCUACUCUGGAGAAAGCUCCGGAAGCUCAGGGCGCAGACGCAGGACCGCGGAAGAGCAGGCAGAGCACGAUAGGAAGAAGUUGGAGAGGCGGCAGAAAGAGAAGGAAGUCGAACGUCGUGAGCCGUCGGGCUCUGAUCGGAAGAGCAAAGAGCCAGAAGCCCACUCCGAACGCAGCCACCGAUCAUCCCGGCGUCACAGCCACUCGGGCCAGUCGCGAACGGAGCAGACAAAAGGUACGAGCCCACGCGAGCGAGAGCCGGUGGUGCAGCAGCCCGAGAAGCGGUUCUUCGACGUCAGAAACGCGGAGGGCAUCGUCGGUCGCGGCCCCCCUACCCCACCCUUUGUCGGAGAGGCCUUUAUGCCGCCGCCGCCGCCGCCGCCAUCGUCGUCCAAGGACUCGAACAGCGCGGAGGGCCAGAGGCACUCCAAGCACAGCAGCGGGCGCCACUCGACGGAUCAGGCGCGAUCUAAAUCUUCCAAGUCCCGGGAGGAGAACAACUCUGACGAAGGAAAAGCUGCUGGAUCGAGCCGGUCGCCGCCGGAGGACGCCGCACGACGGGCGAGACAUCACGAGCGCAAGAAGGACAAGAAGCCCGGAGGGUUACGCGGCUUUGUGAAGAAGCUGUUCAACUCGUGA